CUUUGCGGGAGGCACGGUCUGGCGCUCGGGCGCAGAAGCCGCUGGCUGCGCACGCGCAGUUGUUUGGCGGGAAUUUCGGAAGUAGCGGCGGCUACGCGGGACCGCGAACCGUACUAACGCGGUAGAGAGUCCUCUGCGGUGACGCCGAGUUUUCGGAGGAUGACUUCUGUGACCAGACCAGAAGAACAGGAACCAAUGAUGUCCAAGACUCAGGAUCAUCAGUUGCAAUCAAGUCUCAACCCUACGGAAGUGUUGCCUAGCUCCUCUGCCUCUGUGGAGAUGACUCAAGGCAUUGCAAAGGAAAAAAAUCACCUUGGCUGCAGCCACCAUGAAGAGGGGGAAAGUUGUAAUGACAACCAUCAGGAAAGACUUCAGUUGAGGUCAUUUCAUUUGUCCCCUCAAGAACAGUCUGUCCGUCAUCAAGACAGAAGGCAGUCUUGGAGACGAGCAAGUAUGAAAGAAAUAAACCGGCGGAAGUCUUUGGCUCCCUUUCACCCAGGCAUCACAGAUCUUAGCAGGUCCAUCAGUUUGAAGUUAGCAGAAAGCAAACGGCUUGGUGCUCUUCUGCUCUCCAGCUUCCAGUUCUCUGUUGAGAAACUUGAACCUUUCCUAAAGAGCACUAAGGACUUCAGCCUUGAAUGCUUCAGAGCAAAAGUAUCUUCUCUCUCUGAAGAAUUGAAACAUUUUACAGACAGGCUGGAAAGUGAUGGAACUCUACAAAAAUGUUUUGUUGAAGAUUCAAAAGAAAAAGCACCAGAUUUUUCACUUGAAACAUCAGUGGCUGAGGUGAAAAAAUACAUAGCAAAAUUUUCUUUAGAGCGUCAGACUUGGGAUCAGCUCUUACAACAGUACCAGAAGGAGGUUCCACCCGAAGAAAUGCCCAGAGGAUCAACUGAAACUAAAAUCACUGAAGUCAAAGUGGAUCCUACAACUUACCUUGGGUCUUCCCAGAAGGAAGUCCUUAACACAAAGCCCAACUACCAGGAAAUCAUACGGAAUCAGAACCGAGUCUUUGCCUGCAUGGAGUUAGUGAUGGAUGAGCUGCAAGGAUCAGUGAAGCAGCUGCAAGCCUUCAUGGAUGAAAGUACUCAGUACCUCCAGCAGGUGUCAGUACAGCUCAAGAAGAGAAGCAUGGAGCAAUUAGAUACUUCACCUGCUCGAAAACUGCUCAAACUCCACCUGCAGAAGUCAUCUACCAUACAGUGAUGAGGAUCUCGUCAUUGUAGUUUCUGCUGUGAGCUGCCAGGGAGAGGACAGGGAAGAGUGCCUCCACAAAUGGCAGCCUCACCACAGUUUCCCCAAAGUUGGACAGUUCCAACUGCAGAGCACUUUCACUGUUUGAGUGACAGCAUGUAUGCAUCCAGAAGGAUGUUGUUAAAGACAUUUCUGUAGGAAUGUGCAAGAUGCUUGAAAUGACCUUCAGAACCAAUAACCCAUUGCUUUAAAUGUCCUCAUGGCCAGCACUUUUCAUCCCAUGAAGAUAUUGUUAAGUUUUAAAACAGCCCAAAGACAUUUAGAACCAACCUUAAUGAAAUGUUUUCUGGGCCAAGUUGGGUUUUUGUCAUAAAGGAAUGAAGCUAAAGUUUUCAGGUGUAGCACUAAAGGUGUAGUGUGGAACGUUGUUGCAUAAUGGGUAUACUGGAUCACUUCACAAAAUGCCCAUUUUCUAAAGUGUCCUAAUGUCUGUACUGUGCUUCAGUUUUUAAUAUUGAAUUGACCUUCUGCAGUCUAAAUUAUUGUAAAAAGAAAAGGGCUGAGAUGAUUUAAUUUUUUUUCCUCUGGAAGUUUCCCUUAAGAAUUCACCCUCAGGGCUUUGCAUGUGCUAAGCAAGCAUUCUCACUGAAUUUCAUCUUUAGUCUCCAUAUUUUACUUAAAAAAAAAAUUAUUUUUUAUAUAUACAGUGUUCUGUCUGAAUGUAUGCUUGCAUGCCAGAAAAGGGCACCAGAUUUCAUUACAGAUGGUUGUAAGCUACCAUAUGGUUGCUGGGAAUUGAACUCGGGACCUCUGGAAGAAGUUAGUGGUCUUAACCUCUGAGCCAUUUCUCCAGUCCAUAUUUUACUUUUUUAAAAUUGUUGUAGUUACUGAAUGGUGCCUAGGACAUAAUAGCCCUGUAAGCUAUGGUUAAAAACUUUGUGUUGUCAUUUCCUGUGACUGAGGAAUAGUUACUUAACCUCUUAUCUAGAACAUUGGAAGAAUGUUAGAAUCUGUGUUUUAAGGGCACUGUGAGAAUUUUAGAUAGUAAAAGCUAACAAUCAUAUUAUCAGUUUAUUUUGCUGAAGACUUAAAAAAUGAGUAGACUGGAAAGCUAAUGUCUAAUUUGGAAUACCAUAUGGAGAAUUCAAGCAGACUGCUGUUACAUAUGCAGAUGGAGACCUGUGUAGUAAAGUCUGGAUUAGAAAUAAAAUUUAAAAGUUAUUCCUAGUUAUUGAAGAUUGAGGGUUGUAUUGUCCAAAGUAGAACAAGAAAGGACAUUUCAAACAGCCUGCAAGAAAGUCAGUAUUUAAGAGUCAAAGAUGGUAUUAUUGAUUAUUGUUUCAAAAGCAGAGAAGUAGAACAAAGAGCAUAAACUUUGGGGCAUAUCUUAAUCUCAUUUGUUUGCUUUGUCAAAAGGAAAAAUUAUUUAUAUUCAAAGAUGAUUAUGCCUUCCUCCAUUUUAUUACAUUCUAUCACAUUUGUAAGUGUUCAGACUUGAAGAUAGGAAAUAUGUUGGGUGUCUUCAACCACAUAAAAGGGCUAGAACAUUAAAAAAAAAAAAAAGCACUAAAAACUUAGAUCUCAGCACUCAAGAAACAAGUAAGAGAAUCAGGUGUGUAACAGAUUCUAGGCCAGUGGAUCACAUUAGACCCUGCCUCAACAAUACUUACUGAGCUCUAAGCAUCACUAGUGCUUACCACAGCUUUAUGAGAGAUACUUUUUUUGUUUCUUGUCAUUCAUAGAACAUUGGAAAUGUUUACUAAUUUAGCCAAGGAUACAUACACCAGUUCAUAUAAUAAAAUCAUAUAAUAAAAGGGUGUCAAUAUUA